AUGGGAGCCUUUGUGACGUCUGUCAUCGCGAGCCAGGACGCCACGCCCGCUAAAGCUCCUGCCGUUUAUAUUCACACAGACGCCACGCCUGCUAAAGCUCCUGCCGUUUAUAUUCACGCAGACGCCACGCCUGCUAAAGCUCCUGCCGUUUUUAUUCUCGCAGACGCCACGCCCGCUAAAGCUCCUGCCGUUUAUAUUCACACAGACGCCACGCCUGCUAAAGCUCCUGCCGUUUAUAUUCACGCAGACGCCACGCCUGCUAAAGCUCCUGCCGUUUAUAUUCACACAGACGCCACGCCUGCUAAAGCUCCUGCCGUUUUUAUUCACGCAGACGCCACGCCCGCUAAAGCUCCUGCCGUUUAUAUUCACACAGACGCCACGCCUGCUAAAGCUCCUGUCGUUUAUAUUCACACAGACGCCACGCCUGCUAAAGCUCCUGCCGUUUUUAUUCACGCAGACGCCACGCCCGCUAAAGCUCCUGCCGUUUAUAUUCACACAGACGCCACGCCUGCUAAAGCUCCUGCCGUUUAUAUUCACACAGACGCCACGCCUGCUAAAGCUCCUGUCGUUUUUAUUCACACAGACGCCACGCCUGCUAAAGCUCCUGCCGUUUUUAUUCUCGCAGACGCCACGCCUGCUAAAGCUCCUGCCGUUUAUAUUCACACAGACGCCACGCCUGCUAAAGCUCCUGUCGUUUUUAUUCACACAGACGCCACGCCUGCUAAAGCUCCUGCCGUUUUUAUUCUCGCAGACGCCACGCCUGCUAAAGCUCCUGUCGUUUUUAUUCACACAGACGCCACGCCUGCUAAAGCUCCUGCCGUUUUUAUUCACACAGACGCCACGCCUGCUAAAGCUCCUGCCGUUUUUAUUCCCGCAGACGUCUGCAGUGAUGCUGCGGCUCAGCGACGCCACAGACAGCGGCUCUGA